UCCAGAUCACCGGGAAGCUGAGGUCAGCAGAAUCGAGAGGAGAUCCUCACACCGCGAGACUUCUCUACUGGAAUCUAAUUCGUGUGACAUUCAUAUCUCACAUAUUAAUGAGACACCUUUGGACCGGUUAAGAAAAGUUACUUAUUCAGGUUUUUAAAGUAUUUAAGUUCAGUGAGGAAAAAGAGCGUAGUUUGUUUUGUAAUAUUUUGUAUAGAGAGACAGAAGGAUUGAGUGUGUGGAGUCCAUCCAGUGCCCAGAGCCCAGGACAACAAGACGCGCCAGCGGUGCGCACGGAUUCCGCUCAGCUUUACGCAAUUACCCGGAGGAGGGGGGCGGAGGAGGGGGGGGCACAGCCGGGCGUCAUCGCGGUUGCUUUUGGUGAACUAUACUCACACUUUCCUCCUCCGGAGCACCGCCGGUGUCAACAUGCUGGGCAACGGGAACGGAGACGAGAAGCCGCCGCAAGCGCCAAGGGCUGAAGCGGAGCCGGACUCCCCCACGGCCGAACUGCUGCCGCCCGCGGCCGGCGCAGGGGACGCGGGCUGCGAGCCCACACACUUCCUCAUGCCCGUGUAUCCCAAAUUGGAGAUAAAGCGCAACGCGGUGACGGACGAGUACAAGAUCUCCAACCAGGUCCUGGGCUUAGGGAUCAACGGCAAAGUCCUGCAGUGCUUCAACAAGAAGACGGGAGAGAAGUGCGCCCUGAAGAUUCUCUACGACAGCCCCAAAGCCCGGCGAGAGGUGGAGCUCCACUGGCAGGUGUCGGGGGGGCCGUACAUCGUCCGCAUCCUCAGCCUCUACGAGAACAUGCACCACGGGAAGAAGUGCCUGCUCAUCAUGAUGGAGUGUAUGGAGGGAGGGGAGCUGUUCAGUCGAAUCCAGGUCAGAGGAGACCAGGCCUUCACUGAGAAAGAGGCUUCUGAGAUCAUGAAGGACAUCGCCACGGCCAUCGAGUAUCUCCACAACAUCAACAUCGCGCACAGAGACAUCAAGCCAGAGAACCUGCUGUACACCAUUAAAGAAAGAAACGGGGUCCUCAAGUUAACAGACUUUGGCUUCGCUAAGGAGACGACGCUACACAACCCUCUCCAGACCCCCUGUUACACUCCGUACUACGUGGCUCCUGAGGUUUUGGGUCCGGAGAAAUACGACAAGUCAUGUGACAUGUGGUCUCUGGGCGUCAUCAUGUACAUCCUGCUGUGUGGCUUCCCUCCAUUCUACUCCAACACGGGCCAGGCCAUCUCUCCGGGGAUGAAGAAGAGGAUCCGGAUGGGCCAGUACGAAUUCCCCAACCCAGAGUGGGCUGAGGUGUCUCAGGAAGCCAAAGAUUUGAUCCACGAGCUGCUGAAGACCGACCCUAACGAGAGAAUGACCAUCAUUCAAUUCAUGAACCACCCCUGGAUUAAUAAGUCCAUUGUGGUUCCCUCCACUCCGCUGCACACCACCCGGGUGCUGACUGAGGAUAGAGAGAUGUGGGAGGAUGUGAAGGAGGAGAUGACCAGCGCUCUGGCCACCAUGCGCGUGGACUACGACCAGGUCAAGAUCAAAGACCUCGACACCUCCAGCAACCCGCUGCUCAACAAGAGGCGCAAGAAGGCCGCGGCGGGGGGGGGCAAGGGCGGCUCCACGGUCUGCCAGAGCCAGUGAGGGGGGGGGGGGUCGAGAAGAGGGAGGCGGUCGUUGGAGGUCGAGGAGGUGCUCUCUGAAAAUAAAAGGGACGACACGUAGGAAAACGACGUGGACCCGAGAGGCGGACGUUCACGGGACUGUGUCGGGACGCGGCGCCGCCCGUUUCCAGCGGUGGAAGCGAAGCUCAUCCGUUCACCGCGGUUUUUAAUCUCCUUUUGAAAUCAUUGGUUUUUGUAUGACCUCGCCUGUUUGUAAGAGUGUCUGUGUGCAGACGCGGAGUAUUUCUGGUGUUUCGUGUUUUCUGAACGAUGGGGUUGCCUAUUUGUACCUAUAGGCACUAGUGUGUGAAUCACACACACACACACACACACACACAGACGAGGCAACUGUGGACAGACUGGUGCACUCACUCUGACCCGCGUGGUCUUAUUUUCAUGUACGCUCAUUUACGGCCUUCAUUUCAGGAAUUCAAGCAGCGCUCACUGCUAUUUGUUGUUAUUUACAUCCACAGGCACUGCAACCCCAGAUUAGAGUAGAUUAGAUAUUCCCGUGGGACUAAUAAAGGAAUAUCUCACCUAAUCUAAUCCAAACAAAAUGACAAUAAAAAUGGCUGCACACUGAUUAUUAUUUCACUCUGCAGACGAACAUAGUGUCUUCAUUGUGUCCACACACACACACACACACACACACACACAGACACACCUGUCUGCUUCCCGUCGUGUAACGCCUGUGUGUGUGUGUGUGUGUGUGUGUGUGUGUGUGGCGUAACGGCCGGCCGUGCUACACGGAUGAGUUGUGACACUUUUCUCGAGGAAGGUUCUUGAGCGAGUUUGUGUGCGUGUGUGUGUGUGUGUGUGUGUGUGUGUGUGUGUUUAUGGAGGCUGAUUGAAAUGCCUGCAGUAAAUAGGGGCCGCAGUUUCGCUUCACGUUCUCGCAUCGGCCGGACGGCGUCCGCCAGGUACAUCCGCUCCGUGUCGAGAUUGGAUUUGUUCAUCCGGUUUGUAAAUAAAAACUUUAUAAAGCAAAA